AUGGGAGGUAGUAAUUGCAAACCUUGCAGAAAAAAGAAAAAAAAUUUACAAGGAGGAUCCAUCCUCGAUAGAGUCAUCAGUCAAUCUUCUAAUCAAGAUCAAUGUUUGUUAUAUAAGCUUGCAAAUUAUAAAAAAGGUGGAGAAUUGAUUGAAGCAUAUAAUCAAGGAGGACAAGUUGAAGUUGAGAAAUUGAUCAGAGAACAGUUUGGUCAGUUGAUGUACCAAGAAGGAAAAAGUCAAAUUAUCAACCGAUCCGAGUACCUCCGAUGGAAGUUUAGGGACUACGAACAGGUUACAUUACCUAUUGAAGCUUCUUUAAGCAGAUAUGAUCCACUGGGCAAAUGGGAGGACCACGAAGCUUGUUGGCAGAUGCAGUAUCGAGGAUCACUUGGAGAAACUCUUCUUCAUGUCCUUAUUAUGUGUGAUACGAAGAUCCAUACUAGACUAGCUAGGACGUUAAUAAAGUGCUUCCCCAAAUUAGCCUUGGAUGUAGUGGAAGGAGAAGAAUAUUUAGGGGCUAGUGCUCUACAUUUGGCUAUAGCAUACAAUAAUAACGAAUUAGUUCAAGAUUUAGUCGAAGCUGGUGCGAAUGUUAAUCAAAGAGCUAUUGGCAGUUUUUUUCUUCCGAGGGACCAACAACGACCUAAACCAGCUAAACAUACUGAUUAUGAAGGUUUGGCAUAUUUGGGAGAAUAUCCUUUAGCAUGGGCAGCUUGUUGCGCAAAUGAGAGUGUUUAUAAUCUCUUACUUGAUAGUGGAGCUAACCCAGACUACCAAGAUAAUUUUGGUAAUAUGAUUUUACAUAUGGUUGUCGUCUGUGAUAAAUUGGAUAUGUUUGGUUAUGCUCUACGACAUCCCAAACUUCCAGCUAGUAAUGGUAUUGUUAAUAAAGCUGGUUUGACACCAUUGACGUUAGCUUGCAAAUUGGGUCGGGCUGAAGUAUUCAGGGAAAUGUUAGAGCUUUCUGCUAAAGAAUUUUGGCGAUACAGUAAUAUUACUUGCUCUGCAUAUACCCUUAAUGCUCUAGAUACUUUAUUACCUGACGGCAGCACAAAUUGGAAUUCCGCCUUAUUUAUUAUUUUGAAUGGAACCAAAGAAGCACAUUUGGACAUGUUAGAUGGUGGUAUUAUUCAACGAUUACUUGAGGAAAAAUGGAAGACUUUUGCAAGGAAUCAAUUUCUUAAAAGGCUUCUCAUUUUAGUAGUUCAUUUAAUUUUCUUGUCAUUGGCUGUGUAUAUGAGACCUGACGAUCCAGAUGUGCCUUUAUUAGAGUGGUCUGAUGAUCCAGCCACUAUUGCUAGAUAUUCUGCGGAAGUGGGAACAAUAUUAGGUGUUUUGAGCUACGUAAUUUUACAACAAGGAGAUGAAAUCAGAAAUCAAGGCAUUUGGGCUUUUCUGAAACAACAGUCCAACUCUCCUCCAAAAACGAUAUUUUUGUUAUCAAAUCUUCUUAUACUAUGCUGUAUUCCAUUUAGAUUAUCUGGAGAUAGAAAUACAGAAGAAGCUAUCUUAUUAUUUGCGGUACCCGGGUCUUGGUUCCUCUUGAUGUUUUUUGCUGGAGCAGUCCGUUUAACUGGUCCUUUCGUAACGAUGAUUUAUAGUAUGAUAACAGGAGAUAUGUUAACGUUCGGAAUUAUUUAUACAAUAGUUCUCUUUGGAUUUUCGCAAUCUUUCUUCUUCUUAUAUAAAGGAUUCCCUGGAGUCAAUUCCACAUUAUAUUAUAGUUAUCCUUCUACUUGGAUGGCUUUGUUUCAAAUUACUUUAGGAAAUUAUGAUUAUCAAGAGCUUGGAUCGACAACUUACCCUGGAGUAGCAAAAACGGUUUUUGCUCUAUUUAUGGUUUUUGUUCCUAUUUUACUAUUAAACAUGUUGAUAGCUAUGAUGGGAAAUACAUAUGCUCAUGUUAUUGAACAAAGUGAGAAGGAAUGGAUGAAACAGUGGGCAAAGAUAGUAAUCGCGUUGGAAAGAGCGAUACCUCAAGCUGAUGCUCAUCAUUAUUUACAAGAAUAUAGUAUAUCGCUUGGGGGAGGAGAUGACCCCAAUACCGAAUUGAGAGGAGUUAUGGUUAUAAAAUCUAAAAAUAAAACGCGAGCCAAACAAAGAAAAGGAGCUGUUGCAAACUGGAAGCGGGUCGGAAAAGUAACAAUAAACGCUUUGAAAAAAAAAGGAAUGACUGGUGAAGAAAUGAGAUGUCUAAUGUGGGGAAGAGAAUCCAUAAAUACCCCCAUUAAAACAAAAGGAAAAAAUAAUAAUCCUUAUGUUAUAAAUCCACAAGGACCAGAUUUAACAGGUGGUUUUGGUGAUGCAUUGUCGAGCGCUCUGGAUGUAAUGGCAUUUACUCACGAAGUUGACAUAAAUGGAGCGUCUCCACACCCAGAUCCGAUCCCAGCGUCUUCAGUAAACUCUAAUUUACUCCAACAAAUACCAAUAAAUAGUCCGAAAGUUGAAGAUCCAUUGAGAGAAUUAGUUUUGUGUGAAGAGAAAGAUGCUGAUCCAGAAAAAUUGAAAUUUUUGGCUUUAUCUGCUGCCAAUUUAGUAAAAGAAGAACCUUCUCCGAAGCAAUCCAGUCAGUCUACUAGUAUAAAUGUUAAAGCCUUAGCAGGAAUUUUUGUAGGCACAGAGACAUUGAUAAAAAAAGUUGAAGAAAAUCUAAAAAAGAAAUUUGCUGCUUUGGAUCCCAGCGACAGUGAAGGAUUUGGAGAGGCUCCACUUCUAGGAAAAGUUUCCAGAACUAGGCGAUCACAAUCUGCUCAUUUGCGGAAUUCUUCAGCAAAAUCUAGAAAUUCCGAUAAAAGAAAACUGUUCUUGGACUCAGAUUCCAGCAUAUCAGAUACUACCGAGAUAAUAUCGACAAGAGAAAAUAAAGAGAAAAACUUUACUGAAGCAGCAGUAUUACAAUCAGGUCUUGAAGUACUUGAUGUUGCUAUGGGUGAACCUGAUUUAUCAAUAUCUUUCUCCGAAACAGUUACUAUUCAAGGUAUUGGUAGCGGUGUUGAAACGGAAUCUGGGAACGUAAAAAUCAGAACGAAAAAGAAGAAAAGACCUGCCACUGGAAAAACUAACAGGGUUACGCCAGCUCUGGAUCAAAGACCAUGUAAAUCAGCUAAAACUACUAAUGGAGGUGAUGAUUCUGAUAAUAUAAGUUCUCCUGAUCCAUUAGAACCGUGGAGUACGAAAAGUAUCGCGAAUAUGAAUUCUAUUUUAGCGUGGCAGAAUGAAGAUGAUAGUUUAUGA